CUCAACAUUCAUAAGGUCUACAGACGGAGCUUAUUUCUAGAGAAUAUAUGGCUGGUUUGUUUGAUAAGCAAGCUGAUUUUUACCUGGAUGCUAGGCCAACUUAUCCAACCCACUGGUACUCCAUGUUGGCUGCUCUCACCCCUCACCAUUCUUUAGCUUGGGAUGUUGGCACCGGCAAUGGUCAAGCUGCUAUCGCUGUUGCUGAGCAUUACGAGCAGGUAAUUGGAACCGAUGUGAGUGAGGCACAGUUAAAACUUGCACUGCCACACCCUCAUGUUCAAUAUCUCCAUACUCCAUUAUCCAUCACAGAUGAUGAAUUAGUGGCCCUAAUUGGAGGAGAAAAUUCAGUUGAUCUAGUGACUGUGGCUCAAGCUGUCCACUGGUUUGACCUCCCCAAGUUCUACUCCCUUGUGACACACCUUCUAAGAAAGCCAGGAGGUGUAAUUGCUGUUUGGGGUUAUAAUGACAUAGUAGUUAGCCCCAUAUUUGAUCCCAUAAUGAAGCGCUUUCAUGACACCACUCUUCCCUAUUGGAACCCAAAUAUACAACACAUAUUUGAUGCUUAUAAGGCACUUCCAUUUCCUUUUGAAAGUGUAGGUUUAGGGUGUGAGGGGAAACCACAACUACUAGAUAUGCCAAAAGAGUUGACAUUUGAGGGAUUCUUGAGAAUGUUAAUGUCAUGGUCUGCAGUAAUUACAGCCAAGGAUCAAGGUAUUGAUUUGUUAUCUGAAAGUGUAGUUAAAGAGUUUGAAAAUGCUUGGGGAGGACCUAAAUUGAUCAGAUCAGUCAUUUAUAAGGGUUUUAUGCUUGUUGGAAAAGUUAAACUUUAGUUUUCUUUCUUCGAAUUUCAUUGUAAAGACAAGGUAAUGUGUUGGGGAAAGAGGGGCAUGUUGUUUCUUAUUGUUGCAUAAUAUAUAUAUAUAUAUAUAUAUAUAUAUAUAUAUAUAUUGUAAUGGUCAAUCAUAAUAAAUUAAUAGCCUUCUCUUU